CAGUAUUGUCACGGUUGGCAGUUAACUAUAUUGACAACUUUCAAAUACUCUUAAGUUUGACCAAAACAAAAUUGCAUCCUGAGAAGUCUGCAAGUGUUAAUCCACAAUUUAAAAUUUUGAGUUACUUCUUUCUUGUUUUUAAACUUGGUGGUCAUUAAAGUGAUAGCGAAUGUAGUGUCUUAUCCGAAUUGUUAAAUAAAUUGUAUUGUAAACAUGUCUAGUGAACACGAUAUGAGUGAUGUAUCAAAUUUGGAGUCUUCUUCAUCUCGUGGGUAUUCACCAUAUUCAUCACCAACCCGUAUGGUUCCCAACCUGGCCAAUGGAUUUACGGAACUGAGGUGCGACGAUAGUUAUAAAGAUAAUAAGCCAUAUCUCAAAAUUAUUGAACAGCCCAUGGAUUACUUUAGAUUCCGGUACAAGAGUGAAAUGUUAGGAACACAUGGUUGUUUGCUUGGAAAGAACUCUGUUUCAGGAAAACUGAAGACACAUCCAACUGUUGAGCUAUGCAACUAUACAGGUAGUGCAAUAAUAAGAUGUAAUCUGGCCCGACAUAAUGAUACCACAGAUCAUCCACAUAAACUAACAGAUGAAGACCAGGAUAGGGAAGUGUUCAGUAAUGUUCCAACACAAGGUUCUUAUAAAGUCGGAUUCAAUGGUAUGGGUAUAAUACACUCUGCAAAGAAAGAUAUACCUACCUUAUUAUACAAGAAGUAUUCGCAAGAUAUGGAACAAUCUGAAUUUAAUGAACGCAAGUUGCGCAUGCGCUGCGAGGCAGAAACGAAAAACAUUAACCUGAAUAUUGUGAGGCUCAAGUUUACCGCGCAUGAUGUUAACUCUGGUGAACUGCUCUGUCCUCCAAUUUUCUCUGAUCCCAUUCAUAAUAUGAAAAGUGCAGCAACCAAUGAUCCAAAGAUAUGCCGAGUCAGUAAAAGAUAUGGCAAGGCCUCGGGAGGAGACCAGGUUUUCAUAUUUGUGGAAAAAGUCAGCAAAAAGAAUAUUAAGAUACGUUUCUUUGAGUUGAACGAAGACGGCGAGCGGGUGUGGGAGGCGGACGCCAGAUUUGGAACGUGCGACGUUCAUCACCAAUACGGCAUCGUCUUUACUACACCAGCGUAUCGUCCAACUACGAAGAAUGUGAAGGUAUUUUUCGAGCUGCAGCGACCGUCCGAUGGUCGUACCAGCGAACCCAAAGAGUUCUGCUACAUAGCUGACUUCUGCAGCAGGGAGAAGAAGAGAAAAGCCGAGUCUUCAUACUCUUCUAUUAGCUCAGGUGGCUCAAUCAAAAGUAUCAGCGAUUUGCCGUUGACAAUCGACUUCGCUAACCAACCGAACCAGGAAAUGGAAAUGAAUGAAAUUCCAGUUUUGCCAAAAGUCAGUUAUGUACCACCCACCCCUCCAUCAAACCUGGAUGUGAUGAUGGGAGAUGCACUCCUAUACAACGUGUCUCAGCCAGCAGCGCCGAAGUAUGAGAGUCCUAUGCUGGGUCAACCGAAUGUGCCGCCUCCACCAGUCAUACAACUCGACUCGACUGAAAUGAACCGCCUACUUGAAGACUGUCCUCACAUACCGUCUGAAGAGCGCAAACGAUUCAUGGAUUUGGACUUGAGUGAAUACUUCCGGUCAUUUGAAGAACACUUGAAUCAGCCGGGCGAUAUUCAUGGGAUGUCAUUUAUUAGAAGCGCUUCCUUAGUAGCUGACUCCGGACGACCGGUUGUCAGAUGCAAAACUGAAAGCAAAGAUGAUCCUGCAAAGAAUAGUCAUGAAAGUAUUCGGAAGAAAACUGAGUAUACAGCGGUCUACAGCACUGAAGACGGGAAGGAAGUUAAAAUGUUGGUAAGAGAACUUUGUGAAAUAAUAAAAAGUAAAGUUACCACAAAACGGCAAAUUUUGAAGGACAAACUGAAAAGACUCUUCGAGUUGAGACUUGACAAUGGAGAUGCAUUUUUACAUAUGACAUUAUGCAGUAACCAGCCCAGUUUGCAAUUCAUAGUCAAACUGAUUCACGAUUUAAAAAUUACCGGUUUGCUAAACAUUCAGAAUGAUCGCAUGCAAACAGUACUCCACCUGGCAAUCAUCAAUGAUCGAGAAAGUCUGAUACCGAUGCUCAUUUCAAAUGGUUGCAACCCCAUGUUGGAAGACGAGGAAGGCAACAACGCGAUUCACUACGCGGUGAUAUGCCGCACCUGUCUUGAGCCACUACUUAACGAAAUCAAAACCGCAAAUGUCGAUUUUAAUAUUGACGCAUUUAAUUACGAUAAGCAAACAGCGCUGCAUCUAAGCGCUAUAUACGGCUGUGAGAAGAGCGCUAGAUUGCUGCUUAAAGCGGGAGCCCUCAGCACAGUACGUGACAGCGAGGGACGUACACCGCUGCAUUUAGCGGCGUCCAAUACUAGCAGUGGAUUGGAAGUAGUCAAGUGCCUAGUGGAGUAUAUGACACCGAGCGAAAUUGACAUUGUAGAUGGGCGUGGUCACACACCGCUUCAAGAUGUUUGCGAUUCGAUUCUCGGACCUCAUUCGCUGCAGAUAGCAAAAACUUUGUUGGAUAAGAAGGCGGACCCCAAGAAAUGCGAUACGUCAGGUGCCAUGGCCUUCAAACUGGCGAAGAACAAGCCAGAGCUGAUGGAGUUGUUACGUCAGUAUGCAAUGUGUUCCGAGGAUGACAUCAAAUCGGAACCGGAGGAUUAUGAAUCAGCUGAUGAAGGGGAGGGAAGCGAGCUAUCCGACCUUUCGCUAUACGUGCAUGAAGUGGCAGCUAUAUUGGAUAGGAGCGAGGGUUGGCGGGUGUUGGCCAAACGCCUGCAUCGGGAUGCGAUGAUAAAGUUCUUUGAGUCGACACCAAGUCCCACCACAACUUUACUCAAUAACAUAAAGGAGCUGAACGAUGACGUCACAUCUCGAUCAUUGGCUCUACUAUUAGAUGACAUGGGCGAGAAGGAUGCAGCCGCCAUUAUCAAAAGUCGUAUUAUCGAGUAAAUUACCUACUCAAUUCAAUUGGCUGAACUCUUCAUGAAAAAACAAGAAUGUCUUUUAAUGAGGUGGUCAGGCGAUGGUUAAUAUGAGCAUUGUUUGAUGGAAACUUAUGCAGCGCCCUGUGGGCAAAUUUGCACUAAAAGAGCAUUUGGCUAGAAUACAAUUGCUUUUUAAUAUAAAAAAUAGUUGCCUUCAGAAACUAAUAUUAACGUUUCGACGUAAACGAUUGCUCAGCUCGUUAGUUAAGUUCGUGCUUAGGUCCUUGUAACUUUACUAUAAGUUUGACAACGUAUUUUACGAAACCAUAAAAUACAAUUGUGUCAUUUACAUGAAAUUUGCCAUAUUCACUGUUAGAGGUUGUGAUGAUCACAGACUAAAUUUAGUAUUCACGGUUAUAAAUGUCAUAUAAACGACAUUGACAAUUUACAACUAACUCAUCGGAUUAACUAUAUGUAAAAAAGUCAAAUGACAUAUAUCAAUCAAAAAUAACGACCGUACCGAGUAAAAUUUUGACUUUAAUUUCCACUUAUUCAUAAAUUGCCUUGGCAUUUAAAAUACUGUUAUUGUUCUAUUCUCUUACCAACUCCGGUUUAUGUUGUAAUUAAUAUUAUUAAAUAAUUAUUUGUAAGUGAACGUGAUUUUAAGUUAUUAUUCCAGAUUCGGACAGCUAACAUGCUAUUUUGUAAUUAUAAGAUUUUUAAAAUCGGUACAUAAAUCAAGUAAAGUCAUUUUUAUUUAGCGGGUUAAAUUUAAAAAAAAAUUUAAUUAAGUUGUUCGAUUUCGACAAAUUACUUAUUUUGUAGGUAUUUGUAAAACAGUGCCUUGUGAUUUUUGUCUCUUACAAUUUUUUUUAAAUUUUUAAUUUUAAGUUUUUAUUUAACUGAAAGAGCGUAGUUAAUCAGUGAGGUUCUGCGUUCGAACCCCAGCGUGCUCCAAAAAAUUCUAAGUGCGCAAUUAACAUUUGCGUGGUUUAUUAAGUGAUGAAAGCUUGACCCAAAAUCGAGGUGACAGGUACGGCUGAAAAACUGCUUGUGAAAUCAAGAUUUGCGACUGAAUUAUUUUAGACAAAAAUAUUCUUCAUUUUAAUCAAAAAAAAAAAACGUCUAAUGAUAUAAUUCUAACUAUAGAAUAAUUCCGUGGUUUAGACUCGUGCAAUGAAUAAAUUAUUAUUAUUAUUAUUAUAUAACUUUUUAUCACAGUGUAAACGACAGAUUAGACUUGACAGAAAGAGACGAGAGAUUAGACUUUUAUGAAUAGUGUUUAUAAAUAACUUUCAGUAAUAUAAUUAAGUGUCGUAUUUGAAAUACAAUCGUUUAGAUUUAUGAAAAUAAAUUUUUUUUUUAAUUUUAUUGAUGGAUUUAGCCUUAGGUUUAUGGUGUUUUAGUCACUUGAAAGAUAACUAUUUGAAGAUUAUUAUUACAUCUGUUGAUGCGAAGUUGGUUGUUACAAAAUUUAUUUAUUUUAAAAAAUCUGACGUACGUCAAAAUUUUAUUGACAUUUGACAUAUGGGGUAAUGGUGCUAAGUCUCGUUUCUGUUUUUCGAUUUAUUUAUGUUAAAAUGUUAGUAACGACUCAGUUUCUAUUGUAUUUAGUAUUACGCAUUUACAAAAGCAGUUUUAUCUACCUGAUUUACUGAAAUAUUAAAAAAAUUACGAAUUACUUUUUAAACUGAUUGAUUUUUUGACAUUAAUAUUUUAUUACUUGACAUUUGACUGAUUUGAUUAGUCAAAUAUUAUUCAUAAUUUUUUAAUUAUUCUCUUAAUAAGAUAGUUUUAAUUUUCAUUUACUGUGUUAUGUUAUUAACAAAUUUUAAAAUAGCCAAAAACGUUUAAAAUUAUUUAGUUAUAAGAUUUACAGUUAUGACUUGCCUCGUUCUAGAUCGGGGCGUAUUUUUAUAUGAAUCGUAUAGUUAAGUUGAACUUUUGGUAAAUAAAUGUUUUAGACAG